GACAUCGAAUAAUUUGGAGCUUGAGCAAAACACUAAUAAAAAAUAACAUUGCUAUUAUAGUAUUGUUAGGUAUAUAAAAUCCAUGAUAAAGUUUAGAUCCUUCUUAAAAUUUUCCUAUGAAAUUGGAGGAUCUAAAAUCCAACACCUUGAACUAAAUGAUAUCAACACUUGUAUGUAUGAUCUAAUAUGAUUUCACUGUACAAGAAAAGUUCUCUACUUAGAAGAUUUAUUUCAUUGCAACCUUGCAGAACAAAUAAUAUGAUGGCUUCAUCUAUCUAGCAUUCAGAAGCAUUCUUAGCACACUCUUCGUCUUUGGUCUUGCUAGCAUCUGGUUUCUCACAGCUUGAGAUGUUUUGCUAACAUUGGAAUCAAGAAUGUAGUCUUUGUUCACCAAAUUAUGCAAAACCCACUUCACCAAUUCGGUUCCCUCUGUCACCGCAGGCUUUCCACUUUCCAGUCAGCAGUUCAAGCAGGAUGACCCCAAAGCUAUAUACAUUCCCAGCCACUGUUACUGUCAUUGUAUAUGCAUACUCUGCCAACCAACCAACCAACAAACAAAGCAAGUUAAAGUACAUGCAUGAGUUGAAUGCACUUUCAAGGUCCUGUGCACAUCUAGUAUUUGGUGAAUUUACUCAAAUUCUCUUUGAAUUAGACAUAAAUAUGGGAAAAAUACAUCUUUUAUUCAUUCUUACUUCACUUUAUUUUAUAGAUAUAGUGUAUAUCAAUUAUUGUUUUCAACAAAUUUAACCAAAGGAAAUGAGUGGUUGCCUUUUGUUAUGCUUAGACAUCUAUGGCCCUGGCCUACUUAUGAAUGGCCAUAAGCUUGCUUGAAAGACUUGUGUAACGAGAGAGUUACUAAACAAGAUCAUAGAGAGAGAAAGCACACUUAUCAUUCUUGCUUUGGUUUUUGCACCAGUUGAACUAAAACCCCUCCCUAAACAACUUCAAGGCCCACCUUCACAAACCUAACCAAAAACCACUCCUAAUUUCUUUUCAAUCUUUUAGAGUUCUGAUUAUCCAAGCCAUGGAUACAGAUGAAUUCAAUUUCCCUAGAAUCAGUGAUACUCAUGCACAUGCCAUUGAUUCACCUCUUUUGUGGAAUCUGUCACCAAUAGCAUCUCCUAAUCCAUACCAAAAAAACAAAGGAGAAGAAGAUGGUGAUUUCUUUGGAGCAAAACUGAUAUCUCAGGUUCAAAGGAAGAGCUUCUCAUCAGUUGAGACCAGAAUUCAACAACGAACUUUGUUGGAUGAUGAUGAUGAAGAGGAGAAAAUAGACUUGUUGUGGGAGGAUUUCAAUGAGGAGUUGAUGUGUUCUUCAACAACUGGUUCUUCUGCUACAUCUUCUUCAAGAGAAGAAGUUGAAUUCAGAUGUGCUACUCCAGCUUCCUCAAGAUUUGCCAAUAAUAAUAAUGAUGCACUAGUUCCAGCAACUAAGAAUAUCAAUAGGCCUAGCAUGGUGGUGAUUGUGAAGGUCUUGAAGAAGCUCUUCUCUGUUAACAACUAUCAAAAGAAACCAAGAAGGAGAGUAAGAUAAUUAUCCUUUUCCUGUGGUGAUUUAUGUCAAUCAGGUAUAAAAUUGAUCAUUUAUUCAUGUAUAACAUUAGAAAGGCUUUUAUUAGUCUUUGGUGAGGGGAUUAAUCCUUAUCACUAGAGAGCUAUGCCUCUCCAAAUGCAAUGUAAAUAUAAAUUAUAGAGAGAAUUCUUGUCACAUAUGUUCCUAUUGGUUCUGUUCUAAUCUCUUUUAGCCAAGCCAAUUAGAUGAAGUUUUAGGCUUUUAAAGUGGCACUAUAAUCUUCUUGUUUUGGUAGA